AUGGGCUCAAGUAACAGGACAAGAGUUUCAGAAUUUCUUCUUCUGGGAUUUUUAGAAAACAAAGACCUGCAACCCCUUAUUUAUGGUCUUUUCCUCUCUAUGUACGUGGUUACUGUUGUUGGGAACAUGUUCAUCAUCCUGGCUAUCAUAUCAGGCCCCCGACUACAUACCCCCAUGUAUUUCUUCCUGUCUAACCUGUCCUUUGUGGACAUCUGCUUCAUCUCAACUACGGUUCCAAAGAUGUUAGUGAACAUCCAGACCCAAAACAAGAUCAUCACUUAUGCAGGGUGUAUUACCCAGAUAUAUUUCUUCUUGCUUUUUGUAGAACUGGACAACUUUUUGCUGACUAUCAUGGCCUAUGACCGUUAUGUGGCCAUCUGUCACCCUAUGCACUACACAGUUAUCAUGAACUACCAGCUCUGUGGAUUUCUGGUUCUGGUGUCUUGGAUUAUAAGUGUUCUGCAUGCCUUGUUUCAAAGCUUAAUGAUGUUGGAGCUUCCCUUCUGCACAGAGCUGGAAAUCCCACACUUCUUCUGUGAACCUAAUCAGGUGAUUCAGCUCACUUGUUCUGAUGCAUUUCUUACUGAUCUGGUGAUAUAUUUUACACUUGUGCUGCUGGCUGCUGUUCCUCUUGCUGGUAUCUUCUAUUCUUACUUCAAGAUAGUGUCCUCCAUACGUACAAUGUCCUCAGUUCAUGGGAAGUACAAAGCGUUCUCCACCUGUGCAUCUCAUCUACUAGUUGUCUCAUUAUUUUAUUGCACAGGCCUAGGAGUGUACCUCAGUUCUGCUGCAAACCACAGCUCACAAGUAAGUGCAACGGCCUCAGUCAUGUACACUGUGUUUACCCCUAUGAUGAACCCUUUCAUCUAUAGUCUUAGGAAUAAAGAUGUUAAGAGUGCUCUAAAAAGACUCUUUGUGAGGAAAUUAUAA